GGGGUGCCGCAGAGACGUCUGCUAGUACUGAUCAACCAUCAGUGGACAGGGAAGGCAGUGCAAGAUUUCCAGGAGCAUGUCCAGCCUCUGUUUGAGCUAGCCGAGAUCACCUUCAAUGCAAUCGUAACAGAGAGGCAGAACCAUGCCAGGGAGUUGAUGAAGGAAUACGACUUGUCCACUGUGGACGGUAUUGUGAUUGCGUCUGGAGACGGUCUCCUCUACGAGGUGGUGAAUGGUAUGAUGGAGAGAGAGGACUGGGAACAGGCUCUCAAGACACCCAUUGGGAUGCUGCCCACCGGCUCAGGGAAUGCUCUCUGUGCCUCUACACUCUACGAGGCAGGCGGCUGGGGACUCAUUUCCGACAUUGACAUUGAGUCUGAGAGCCUGAGAAGAUCGGGGAAACCCGUCUUUCUGCUCGGUGCACUCAACUGUAUUCGGAGGAAGCGUGUCUACCGUGGGCGACUGGUGUACCUACCCUGGGACGAAUCCAAGGCUCCCGACGCUCCACUACUCUCGAGAAGUGUCCCGACGCAAGCAACCCUCUCAUCUUCCGUCCCUCCCGGCCCACCUGCACAUCUAGUCACCUCUAGUCUUAAUCCUCAGCUACUCUCGCGGGGUGGUGGGGAACACUGCUCAGCGUUGCCCGGAGGGGACACGAUUGAUGAGGCCCCUAACGAGGAGGGUCCUUCCCCACUGCAGCUUUCGAGCGAGGAGAGCGAGAAAGAGAAAAGCGACGUUUUCGGGGACACUAAAGACGUCGUUCUUGAAGAGUCGAGUAUUCGUUCGCUAACGGGAGGGGCAGAGGGAAGAUUGGGGGAUGACGGACCCGUUAGAGGAGAAAAAACCGACAAGAUAGAAGACGUGACAAAGGACUGGGAGUUCGUGGCACGAGAGGAGAAACCGGCAGUUAAAAUAGCAGCUGCAGAGCCCAUUCAAAUCACUUCCACCUCGCCGGUGGCUGGAGACCAGGUGCAAACGCCAGCAUCUCUCCGUAGCUACGCCAGCUCUGGACCCUGCCCAGAUCUCCUCCCCGAGAUCACGGAGGACGUCCCUGACAAUUGGAAAACGAUCGAGGGGGAUUUCCUGACCGUCUCGCCGCUAAUGAUACCGCACUUGAGCUCCAAUUUCUUCGGGGAUCCCAGGAUGUCUAUUGGGACCGGGAAGAUCCGGAUCAUGUACGUGAGGCGAAUGUCUCGACUGGGACUCCUCAGCAUGCUGACAAAGGCAGAGAAAGGAACUCACCUGGACAGGCAGGAAGUCGAGAUAAUCGACGUGAAGGCGUUUCGGCUGGAGCCGCAGACAGAGGGCGGUAUAUUGACUGUGGACGGAGAGGUUGUAAAGUAUGGACCGAUGCAGGCACAGGUCCACCAGCACCUGGCUCGGGUGUUCUGCUGCAAGAGAGUAUAGACCUCGUGCCUUAUUUGUAAGAUUUACCAACAUCUGUUACAUGAGUCUAUGCGCAGUGCAGUCUCAUUCUCCAAUCGUGCGCAUGAUCUGAUUUAUGUGCUGUGUAUGAGUUGGUUUU